GCAGUUAUUUAGAUCUUGUUUUGUUUUGACUUGAAGGCUCAUUAUGCCUAGUUUUAUUACUUUAACCUGUAGUGCCAGCCCUGGCGGGGCGGGGGGUGGAGGGGUGCUUUACAUGACAUCUCUGACUUAGUGUUGCCAGCAGCUGUAAGGGAACCAGGGUUACUGUUUCAGCAGGGAGCCUAUUUUUAAACAAGCCAAGAACUUAAAGCCACAUCGCCUCAAUCAAGCCUGGAGCACUGAUGCAUUCAAGACUGUGUUUUGAUUCCAGUCUUUAUUGAGAUCUGUAUCUCUGAACCUCUUUCUGAUCUGAACCUUUGAUUUUACUUAAAAGCUUUCAAAAGUGAGCCCCCCUCUUCUCUCCGCUUUGCUCCUUUUCCACCUUCUCUCCCCUCUUUUCUUUCCCCCGCUCUAUUUCCGUCCCACGCUGAGUCAGAUGGAUAAGUCCCAACUUCAAAUGACACAAAUAGGCAGACCACCUCCCAAUACGGAGAGACCGAACCUCAAAAGACACAAAAAAAAUCAAGUUUGAGAGCUCAAAAGUGCGAGAAACUGUCUCGAUGGAGGAAUGUGAGAGUGUAGCGUUUGAGAUGACGGAGCUGCAGGAGUUUGAAGCCUCAGAUGUCAACAGCCAGGAUGACGAAGAUGAAGUGGAGGAGCUACAAAACAGUCUGCGAGAGGUGGUCCAGGACCAGUCUGUGAAGCCUAAGCUCCAGUGCCUGAUGGUGGAUCCAUCAUUCUCCAUGGUAACGGUUCAGAGUGAGGACAGUGGCAUUGUUUGGGAGACGGCCUCCAGCCGCUGCUCUACUCCCUGGGCGUCUGAGGCCAGCUCCACCUCGGAGGCUUACAGCAUGGAGGGCUCUGGAGGCGCGGGAAAAAUCACCAUCGUGUUUGACGAGGAGAAAGUCAUCCGCAGGAGGACGCGGUCCGGAGGGAGAAGCAGCAGACUGGGGGACCGACUGAGCAGACCUGGGAGUUCCAGGUCAGCUUCGGCUUUGGGAGUUGAGCGGCUGGAGAUGGCCGAGGUUUCUCUUCCCAACGUCAAAGAAGAGAAGACGGAAACAGAGGCAGACUUGGACGAGAUAAAGAACAAAGAUCAGCAGCUGUUUAGUUUAAUUUCAGAAGGUUAUGAGAUUCUUAACAUCAGAGUUCCCUCCAAACUUCCCACCGUCGAUGAAGAGGAGAGUACAGAGCUGCAGGACAAUCUCUUCUAUCUGGACCAGACUCCAAAGAUUAAACCUCGGAACCACCAGAACUGGGCGGAGCAUAAGACAGAUGAUCAGGAGGAGGAGGAGGAAACACCAGAGACCGCUGAGUCCUCAAAGGCUGAUUCCUCACAGCCAACAGUGGGUACAGGGCUUGGACAGAGAGACAGUGCCUGUGACAUCGACUACUUUGAGAAGUUCACUCUUCUGGAUGUGGUUUCUGGAGAACAAGCAUCAGCGCUGCAGGACAACGCAGCACAGCCAGCUGAAAAACUCCCAACAGAAAAACAAACGGCGGUAGAGGAGGCCGCCACAGAGAGCCCCUCUGCCCCCGAAGACUCCUUUGUGUUCGUCACGGAUGUGGAGAUAGUUGGAGAACACCUGGAUGAGGUUUUCUAUGGAGAAGGACCUCCUGCGCCGCAGCAGAGGGGAGAGGAUGUGGACAGCGGGUCCAGGAUGAGAACAAGACGCGAGAGCCAGAGGUCGACCAAGGAGGGCGGCUCUGUGCUCUUCAUGAGUGAGGAGACCACGCUCACUCCUAUUUUCAUCUCUCCUGGACCUCCUAAGAUCAUCGACCCCAUCCUCCUGGAGGAGCCUUCUGCGCUGUCCUUCAUGUACUCAGACCUAUACGAAGAUGCUGAAGGUGAGAGGAGGAGGAGCGAUGAAGAGUGCUCCGAGCCAGAGAGCGUGGUUUCAGAGAAAUCGUACAAAAGGCGUUUAUCAGACUCCGAGGAGGCCGAAGGGUACCUAGAGAAAUUCAUUUUGAAAGACGAAACUCCUGUUGUGGAGGUGCAGGUGGAGUCGGUGAAGGACAAGAAUAAAGGGAGGAUGGUGUGGCCACAGAACAAGUUUGAAAUGACCGGAAGUCUGAUUAGGGUUAAGGAAAUAGAGGAGGAGGAGAAGGCAAAGACAGAGGAUGGUGAGAUGCAGGAGGUGAGUGUUGGAGAGGAUUUGCACUCUGAAAAAAUUGUAGAGGAACCUCUUAUAGCGGCCCAGCAGCAGGCUGUAGAAGAUUUGGAGCUUAAAUCUGAGACGGACCAACAGGAUCUCCACAAGGAAGAAGCAAACGAGACAGAACCUCCUUUACAGAGCACAGAAACAAUACCUGUGCUUUGCCAGGAAGAGGUGGAAGCUGAGCUAACACAGGAGACCAAGGAGAUUCAGAGAGGUGAUGAAGAAGAAGCUCCUAGCAAAACCAGAACAGGUACGGAUGUGGUUGAAAAAAUGUCAACAGCACCUGGAAGCAAAGAACUGGCUGCACUGGACUCUAAAACCCAGACAGAAAGCAGUUUGUCUGAAAAGGCAACUCCACAGAGUGUGUCAAGGGAAGAAAAACUAGCAACAGAGGCUAAAGAUCAUGUGGGAGAACCUGAAAAGGAAACUUUUAGUAAGCCCAAACUGGAAACAGAACCUCCAGAAACAGAAGCAUCUCCUGCACAGACUGAAGCUCUCACGGACUGUGACGCACAGACAACAGUGAAAGUGUCUGAACAGGAAGAAACAGCAAAGCAAAUUAGGAUUAAUGAUCAGGAGGUAACUCAAGUGGAAGAGCCAAAAGCUCAAACUGAAACGUCUGAGGAGAAGCUUCUGGAAGCUGCAGAUGUAGGUCAGGAGUCAGAGCUUCAAACCCAAAGUCAAGGUGAGAUGACCGAGCCUGUGAUCCCAGCAGAACCGGACACACAAUCCACCGUCAAAUGUGUGCAAAUCUGCGAAGCUGAUCAAAUCAAAACCCACACAGAAUCGGAGGAAACCAGUAAAGCUUUAGAAGUCAGUUCUGAAUUUAAGACAGAAGAUAUUGAGGCUGACAUUCAGGACAUUGUAGGUGUUGGUGAUGAGUUCAUCCUUCUGGUUCCCAAAGGACAAAUUGUAGAGAUGGACAUAGAGGUCGGUCAGUGGUCAGAGAAGACUCCAGAAGCAGCACUAGAACCAGACAGAACCAUCGGACUUCAGCUUCCAGAGUCUCUGACUGAGGAAGCAGAGGCAGAACUUGAAGCAAAAGAAGAUCAACUAGAUCUUGAGCCACCGCCUGUGCUUGUUGAAGAGCCAGCCAUAGACGACCAGGAGAUUGAAAUGGAUACAGAACCAGUGGCUGUCACUUCUGGGGAGAAUUUGUCUGGGCUGAAAGAGGACGAGUUGGAGUCAAAGCAAACAGAGGAGGAACUAAAGCCAGACGUUCAGAAGUUAAAAGAUGCACUGGAGGAUAAUAUUCCUACAGAGGAUUCUCUUCUUGUCGAUCUGAAAAAUGAAGAUGUUGGACGAGAACAGGAGAAAGACCAAGUUGUUGAGGAGGCUGCAGGUGUAACUGUCGAAGAGCUCGGGUAUGAGGUGGUAUCUGAGCAGGAGGUGAAAGAAAUUCUUGAAUCGGUAAUACAUGCAGAUGUUGGAGAGACUUUCUUGGAGCAGGAAGAGAAGAUGGACGUAGAGAAGGACGAGCAAACAGAACUUUUUAGUGAAGAGCUUAUGGAGGAAGAUUAUGAGAUCAUUGACGCCGAGGAGGAAGGUCAGGCCCGACUGGCUGCUGAGCUGCAGGGGAUGGAUUGGUUCUGUGCUACCUGUGAAUGUCUGCUGUCAGAGGACGAGCGCACGUCUGCGGAGCACGUCGGCCAUGAGCUCAGCUCUGUGGAUGAAGCCUAUGAGGAGAUCAAGGAGACACUGGGUAACUGGAUCUCAGAGCUUCAGGAGAGAUCAGAGAACAUUGAAGACCUGGUGUCAGAGCUGGAGUUGGCCUACAACUCUGUAGAGGACCAGUUUGUGGAGAACGAGGAGGCCAUGCAGGCGCAGAAUGAGGAGAUGAAGGCUCUGGUGAUGGAGCAGUACAACGGCAUGUCAGUCAGCAUGGAGGAGGAGAAGAAGGCCAAGCUGGAGCAGCUCUACGACAAGAUCGUUUCCUUCCAGGAGAACAUCGACUCUGCCAAGAGCACUUUGGAGAUCACUGCCAGGGAGGCAGAGACGGAUGCUCGGCCACCUGAGGACAUUCAUUCAAGACUCAAAGCAGCUCUGGAUGCAACCUUGUCAUUGGAGUUGGGUCCCAAGGGCCUGCUGGUGUUCGAGGACUACGCCAAGGCCAACACUUCCAGCUCCAACAACCUUGCACAACGCAAAGGAAUCCCAGUGCCCAAAAGACCCACCCUGCAGCCCCAAGAGCCCGGCUCAGCCACCAGCUCCAGCGUCACCGUCUACUGGACAAUCAACACUGGAGAUGUCAUCGACUGCUUCCAGGUCUACUGCAUGGAGCAUCCACAGGGAGCGGUGUCAGAGGAGUACCGGGUGACGGUUAAGGAGAGCUACUGCGUCCUCGAGGAACUGGAGCCUGAUAAGAUGUACAAAGUGUGGGUGAUGGCUGUCAACUACUCAGGCUGCUCUCUGCCCAGCGACAGACUGAUCUUCAGAACUGCUCCCUCAGUGCCAGUGAUGGACACUGAGCGCUGUACAGUCCUUUGGGAUUCAGCCACGCUGAGAUGGAGCCCAGCAAAGGAAGAUACUCCUGGACAGACUUACACGCUGGAGUACUGCCGCCAGUAUGAACUGGAGGGAGAGGGGCUCAGGUCCAUCUCUGGAGUGAACGUCUGUGAACAGAGUGUGGUCCUCCAGCCCAAUGAGAAUUACCUGUUCUACAUCAAAGCUGUGAAUGAGGCAGGCGCCAGCGAGCAGAGCGAGGCUGCACUCAUUUCUACUAAAGGGACGAGGUUCCACCUGCUGAAAGGCUCCGCCCACGCCGCUCUGGAGCUGUCAGAGGAUCAGACCACCGUGAACUAUUUACCGGAUACUCACAAAGCUGCCUCUGAUAAAGAGUGUCCAUUCAUCCUGGGUGAGAUGUUUCCAGCUCGAGGCCUCUACUACUGGGAGACAGUCGUGUCAGGAAGUACAGCCUAUAGACUCGGGGUGGCAUACGGUACAGGCAGUUCAAACGGUUCACUUGGUGAAAACAGCUCAUCAUGGUGUUUACAGAGCGUUCCUUCACCAUCAGGCUGCAGGUAUCUGCUGCUUCACAAUAGCAUUCAGUCCUCUGUGUUUGUGACGGAUACGCCUCAGCGAGUGGGAACCCUCCUGGACUAUCAGCACGGCUGUCUGUCUUUCUACGACGCUGCAAGCGGCCGGUUGUUGGGUACCUUCAGGCAGCGCUUCACCGAGCCCUGCCACCCGGCUCUGGGGCUGGAGCAGCCGGGCCGCCUGCAGCUGUGCAUGGUGCAGGAGCUGCCCCAAUUUGCAAAAGACAGCUAGCCCUGCCACACUCCUAACUCUAAAAAAAAAGUUUACAGAGGAUGUUGAACUGUUUGAUUGCUUUCUAUUCAUUAAGUGAAAUGACCACAGUUGCAGAGGAAAUCCAGAAAACAUGAUGUGAUGUUUUUGUUUAUAUGAUCUCAUUUUUAGGAUUGCAUGUCUUGGAAAAAAGACUUUAAUAACAACUUCAAAACUGUUUUUCUCCGACUUAAAAAAAUAAUGAUUUUGAUUCAAAAAGGAAAAAUAUUUUGUUGUAAGAGUUUUGUAAUAUUGACCACUGAUGUGAGUUUUCUUAUCUUUUGUAAAGUUUUCUCAUUGACUGUUUCCAGGUGUCUGUUGUGUUGACAGGUAAAAGCUCU